AUGACUUGUAGGUCUAGCAGCAGGGGGUCGUUUGGGUCCAGUGAGUUUAUGAAGACGUGUAGUGCCUUCUUGUAUCUUGGACCGAGUCAUGGCCCCGUCUUGGACCUCCGUUCACAGCAGCAGCCAAAAGCACCACCAGGGUUCAGUGCACCACAGUUUCAGCAGCCGGCGCCGGUUCAGCAUCAGUUCCAGUCAGCACCGGUUCACCAGCAGCAACAGAAUGGGCCGGACAUGGUUGGUAUUCUACAACAGUUGCUGCAGGGUCAACAAAUAAUCUGGCCGGCAUCCACUUCAAGAAGCCAAGGUGGCUUACCUGGUAAGCCUGAACCAAACCCAAAAGAGUAUGCUAAAGCCAUUACAUUGAGAAGUGGCAAAGAGCUACCAGGUAUAGAGCACAACAAUGUGAUCAUUGAGGACAAUGAUCAAAUUGGUGGGGAGGUAGCCCCAAGGGAUGAUCAAGAAGCUGAAAGAUCAAAGAAAGGGAAGGACAAAGAGGUGGAAAAGCCAUCAGAACCAGAAAAUCCCUAUGUUCCACCACCUCCCUAUCAACCUAAGCUCCCAUAUCCAGGAAGAUUCAAGAAGCAGCUUGUAGAUAAAGCAAGGGCACUCUUUGAGAAGACUUUUAAUGAGACACCUCUUAUAAUGCCUCUCAUUGAAGCAUUUCUGAUGAUGCCUAAGCUUGGAAAAUUUCUAAAGGAUGCUAUCUUGAACAAGACCAAAGAGCUACAGGGUAUGGUGGUACUAAACCAUGAGUGCAGUGCCAUAAUUCAGAGAAUUUCCGUCCCAAGGAAGCUGUCUGAUCCAUGGAGCUUUACUCUCCCUUGUGCUAUAGGUCCAUUAAUGUUUGCUGGUUACCUUUGUGACUUGGGUGCAUCUGUUAGUUUAAUGCCGUUCUCUAUAGCAAGAAAGGUUGGAUACAGAGUGUUCAAACCUGCUAGAAUCUCUCUUGUCUUGGCUGAUAGAUCUGUGAGGUUACCUGUUGGGAUGUUAGAGGACUUACCAGUCAAGAUAGGUGGUGUUGAAGUGCCCACAGAUUUUGUUGUUCUAGAGAUGGAUGAAGAACCUGUUGAUCCACUGAUUUUGGGCAUGCCAUUCUUAGUCACAGCAGGAACAAUUAUUGAUGUGAGAGGUGACAUUAUUGAGCUACAACUUGCUGAUGAGUUGCUUGACGAACUGAAUACUGAUGAUCCUCUUCAAGUUGCUUUAACCAAAGAACAAGGAGACCAUGGGUUCUUAGCAGAGGAGAGUGAAGGAUACAAGCUGUAUUUGGACAAUGCAAGAGAACUUGGUCCUGAGGCAAAGUUUUUGGAAUUGGAACAACGUGGCCCUGAGGUCUUGGAUAUCAGAGGCUCAAACACAAGCCAAGGAGCAGUUCAAGGAGUCAUGGCCAUGGGUUCUAAAGUGGAGGAGCAUGCUGGGCCGUGUGAGCAAGACAGCUUCAGUGCUGAUUGGGAUGAGUCAAAGGCACCUCAGCUGGAACUCAAACCUCUUCCCAAGGGGCUCAGUUAUGCUUUCUUAGAUCCAAGAGACCAAGAGAAGACCAUAUUUACCUGUCCUUAUGGGACAUUUGCUUAUCGGUGCAUGCCAUUUGGGCUGUGCAAUGCUCCUGCUACUUUCCAGCGUUGUAUGAUGUCUAUCUUUUCAGAUCUGAUUGAGGAGAAAGUAGAGUUCUUCGUGGAUGACUUCUCAGUCUAUGGACACUCUUUCUCCUCUUGUUUGUCUAAUCUUUCUCAGGGAAUAGUGUUGGGGCACGAGGUCUCAAAAGCUGGAAUAGAAGUGGACAGAGCAAAGGUGGAAGUGAUGGUGAAUCUGCAAGCUCCAAACUCAGUCAAAGGCAUAAGAAGCUACCUUGGGCAUGCAGGGUUUUACAGGAGAUUCAUCAAUAGAUAG